GGCGGGGGCCGGGCGAGGGAGGGGGCUGGCCCCGGCCGCCCCACUCUGCAGUUGUCUCCCGAGCGCUGGCUGCGCCGCCCGAGCCGCUGGGCCGGGGAAGCAGUGGCCGUUCGCUCCCGGGCCGGCUCCUCCAGGCGCUCGCAGGCAUGCAGCCCGGGAGCAGGAGGCGCGCCCCGGGCCGCUGCUGAGCCGGCCGGGGCGGCGGGGACCAGCGCCAGCAGAGCCCCUCCCACCUUGCCCCGGGGCAGACGAGCGGCGCCCCGACACCCCCUCUUCUCCCGCAGCCCCGCCAGCGCCACCCCCCGCGGGCUGCAGGGGCUCAUGCAGCCGCCAAGGGAGAGGCUAGUGGUAACAGGCCGAGCUGGAUGGAUGGGUAUGGGGAGAGGGGCAGGACGUUCAGCCCUGGGAUUUUGGCCGACCCUCGCCUUCCUUCUCUGCAGCUUCCCCGCAGCCACCUCCCCGUGCAAGAUCCUCAAGUGCAACUCUGAGUUCUGGAGCGCCACGUCGGGCAGCCACGCCCCAGCCUCGGACGACACCCCCGAGUUCUGCGCAGCCUUGCGCAGCUACGCCCUGUGCACACGGCGGACAGCCCGCACCUGCCGGGGUGACCUGGCCUACCACUCGGCCGUCCAUGGCAUAGAGGACCUCAUGAGCCAGCACAACUGCUCCAAGGAUGGCCCCACCUCGCAGCCACGCCUGCGCACGCUCCCGCCAGCCGGAGACAGCCAGGAGCGCUCGGACAGCCCCGAGAUCUGCCAUUAUGAGAAGAGCUUUCACAAGCACUCAGCCACCCCCAACUACACUCACUGUGGCCUCUUCGGGGACCCGCACCUCAGGACUUUCACAGACCGCUUCCAGACCUGCAAGGUACAGGGCGCCUGGCCGCUCAUCGACAAUAAUUACCUGAACGUGCAGGUCACCAACACACCUGUGCUGCCCGGCUCAGCAGCCACUGCCACCAGCAAGCUCACCAUCAUCUUCAAGAAUUUCCAGGAGUGCGUGGACCAGAAGGUGUACCAGGCUGAGAUGGACGAGCUCCCAGCUGCCUUCGUGGAUGGCUCUAAGAACGGUGGGGACAAGCAUGGGGCCAACAGCCUGAAGAUCACUGAGAAGGUGUCAGGCCAGCACGUGGAGAUCCAGGCCAAGUACAUCGGCACCACCAUCGUGGUGCGCCAGGUGGGCCGCUACCUGACCUUUGCUGUCCGCAUGCCGGAGGAAGUGGUCAAUGCUGUGGAGGACUGGGACAGCCAGGGCCUCUACCUCUGCCUGCGGGGCUGCCCCCUCAACCAGCAGAUCGACUUCCAGGCCUUCCACACCAAUACUGAGGGCACCGGCGCCCACAGGCUGGCAGCUGCCAGCCCUGCACCCACAGCUCCUGAGACCUUCCCAUAUGAGACAGCCGUGGCCAAGUGCAAGGAGAAGCUGCCAGUGGAGGACCUGUACUACCAGGCCUGCGUCUUCGACCUCCUCACCACGGGUGAUGUGAACUUCACACUGGCCGCCUACUACGCCUUGGAGGAUGUCAAGAUGCUCCACUCCAACAAAGACAAACUGCACCUGUACGAGAGGACUCAGGACCUGCCGGGCAGGGCGGCUGCAGGGCUGCCCCUGGCCCCUCAGCCUCUCCUGGGUGCCCUCAUCCUGCUCCUGGCCCUGCUCCUGGUGUUCUGCUAGAUGCGUAGAUGUGGAGGGAGGCACAGGCUCUGUCCCCUCAGCUUCCCCAUCUGGGCUGGGACCGCCAACAGGGUGCAGAUCUCCUGGCAUGUCCCCCAUGGCCCCACAGAACGCCAGGGACUGCCUGCUGCCAAGGGCUCAGGCAUGGACCCCUCCCCCUCUAGUGCACGUGACAAGGUUGUGGUGACUGGUGCCGUGAUGUUUGUGACAGUAGAGCUGUGUGAGAGGGAGAGCAGCUCCCCUCGCCCCGCCCCCGCAGUGUGAAUGUGCAAAACAGCCCCUCAGACUGAAGCCCCCCGCCCCCACCAGAGAGACACUGGGAACCGUCAGUCAGCUCCUUCUCGCAAUGCACUGAAAGGCCCGGCCGACUGCUGCUCGCUGAUCCGUGGGGCCCCCUAUGCCCGCCACAUGCACGCACACACUCUUACACGAGAGCACACUCGAAACCCCUAGGCCAGCGGGGUCACCCCAGCCACACAGGCAUCCUUGGGGCUCGGCCCCAGGCAGGGCACCCCUGGGGCGCUGCUUGGCACCUUAGCGGACUGAUGGAAGCUUUUGGCCAGUAGGUGGUGCCCACCUGGUGCCUUCUUGCCUGUGGCCUCCCUGCCCAUGCUCACCUGGCUGCUGUGGGUACCAGUGCAGGUCCUGGUUUUCAGGCACCUGCUCAGCUGCCCAUCUUUGACCUGGGCCCCCGCCCCUUCCACCCUGUGCUUAGAGAGUUGAAGUGCAUGGUUCUAAAUGUCUAAACAGAGAAGAGAUCCUUGACUUCUGUUCCUCUCUCCCUUCUGCAGAUGCAAGAGCUCCUAGGCAGGGGAGCCUGGGCCCCAGGGUGUGGCAGGAGACCCAGUGGAUGGGGCCAGCUGGCCUGCCCUGAUCCUCUGCUUCCUCCUCACAACCCCAAGAGCCCCCACCCAGUCCACCCACGUGUGGAGUCUGGGGAGAGGAGCAGGGUCUUAGGCUUCUCAGCCCUGAGCAUCCCUGGCAGGGUCUCCAACCUCUAAUCUCUUCCCUUAAGCCCUGUGGCCACACAGCCAGGAGAGACUUGCCACUGGCUCCCGCCUCAUUUCAGCCCAGGGUGCUCAUCCAGGAGCCCAGAACAGUCCCACCUGUGCUGCUGUGCCCACAGCACAAAGCCAGGCUUCGCUCCCAAAAGUGCAGCCAGGCCCCAGAGGGUGAUCCCGCCAGCAACCUUACAGCCCCACACCCUCCCCACCCAUCAGCAUCCACGGCAGCCCCUCUGCUGUUCCCCAGGGACCUCUCAUACACUGGCCAGGAGGCUGCAGAACAUGUGUCUCCCCCUCCCUCCAAGAGGUCCUGCUCCCUCUGCCAGAACCAUGUGGGCGGUGGGAAGGUGCUGGGGGCCCGGCCCCUCCCUCUCCCUGCUGGUUUUAGAUGGUCCCUAUGUUGGAAGUAAAAAGUGAAGCACUUUAUUUUGGUUGUGUUUGCUCACGUUCUGCUUGGAAGUGGGGACCCCUCACUGCGUCCACGUGUCUGCGACCUGUGUGGAGUGUCACCGCGUGUACAUACUGUAAAUUAUUUAUUAAUGGCUAAAUGCAAGUAAAGGUUUUUUUUUGUUAUUU